CAAGUACAAACGAACAGUAAACGACGAGCGACGGCGGAGAGCAAGGAAAGGAAGGGAGAGAGAGGAGGAGGAGGAGGAGGAGGAGGACGAGCUGGAAGAAGACGAAGACGAACUCCAACAACUGUUACUUCGUCUUCUACUUCUCUGGAGGCGACGACGACGAGUGAUGCGCUCCUUCUCCUCUCCCUUUCUGCCGCGCAAGAAGCCCUAAUCACCUUACCCAUUUCUGAUCCACAGCUUCUUUUAAAUGGAAGGUUGGUCUCCGGACCAAGAUCGUAACUCAGUUGGGUAUGGGCCUAAAAGACCUAGUGUGCCAUCAAGAGUUAGACCACAGGGUUCAUCAUCUUCCAGUUACAAGGAUUUUCUUCGGAAAUUUGUAGAUAGUGAAAUUUUGACAGCAAAACUUGAAGAUUGGCUUUCAGGAACAUCUAAUGAGUCAGAAUUCACGAAGCCAAUUUUUGAUGUUCCAUUCGAACUCGGAGAACUUCAAAAUUUUGAUUAUGCACUUGAAGGUGUUGCAUUUCAGCAAUUGAUACGAAUGCCUAGUGCUGUUUAUGCAUCAACAUCUGAUGUGGUAGAAGCGACAGCACAUCUUGCCAUUGAAGAUUUCUUACAUGCUAGCGUCAAGGGAUUGUGGGAGACUUUUUGGAGUUAUGAUGAACCAGUGCCUUUCUCUGUAGCUUGUAUACACAGCACGAGUUCAAAAUUUUAUCCUGCUGAAAAGGCUAUUGCUAGAGGAAAGCUUGAAGGUAUUUGUGCAACUGCUAUUUUGCUAAAAAACAAUAAGGAUUACCGUGGCAAAUGGGAUCAAAUUAUUGAGUUGACUUUAUUGAGGCCUGAUGUUGGUAUGUCAGUGCAGAAUGAUCAGCGGCCUUCUUCAUCUAUUCUUGGAGAAGCACUUUUCUUUGCAGUCCGAGUGCUGUUAGCUAGAAGCCUUAGCAAGUCAACUACUGUGUCCCAUAAUGCAAACUGUGUAUUUCUGCUUCUUGUCGAUUCACAAUAUGGCGGGGUAGUAAAAGUUGAAGGCGAUGUUAGUAAGAUAGAUUUUGAUGGUAGUGAUGUCUAUGAAUCUGCUGGCAAAUGGAUUGAGAAACAUGCCAAAGUCUCGGUUUCACCAAUUGACCGCAUCUGGAACAAGCUUGGGAAUGCCAACUGGGGUGAUAUUGGCACUCUACAGGUUCUUCUUGCAACCUUUCAUUGUAUGGUUCAGUUUUGUGGUAUGCCAAAACAUCAACUUGAGGAUUUGGCCACAGGACAUAGUUCCCGCCUUCAGAAUCGUAGAACUGAAAGGCAAUUAGUUGAUGUGCAUGUUAAUGGUGCUGGUUUAUUCCAGUUCCAGCAGCGAAGUCGUUCCCCCGAAAUUGUAGAAGUCCAUGAAGAAUCCCUAAAGCUUAAUUCUGAAGAAUCUCUGAAGCUAACAAAAGGAUCAGCUGUAUGGAUGGAAGACUCAGAGCGUCAAAAGGGUUUUGAGAUGGUUGAAAUAAUAAGUGACGAGGAUGUUCAAAUCUAUAUUGUCACUCCCAUGGAAGAACCGGGAGAGAAACUUAUGCUUUAUGUUGGCUCCAUCACUUCUAAUUUAGAAUCUGCUUGGGAGGAUAUGGAUCUAUGGUACCAGGUCCAACGACAAACUAAGGUGUUGACUGUAAUGAAACAAAGAGGUUUAGCCAGUCAAUAUCUUCCUCAAAUCAUUGCAUCCGGAAGAAUGAUUCACUCUGGGCAGUGUAAUAAAUCUGUCUCAGGUGGAAUUUGCAGCCAUCCUUGGUGUGGCACCCCAAUCCUUGUGACUUCUCCUGUGGGUGAAACUGUUUGUAAUUUGAGAAGAAAUGGCCUAUUUGGACCUGAAGAAGCUCUUCGAUGUUGUCAUGACUGCUUAUCUGCUCUUGCCAUUGCAUCUUCAGCCGGAAUAAGACAUGGUGACGUCCGUCCAGAGAAUGUGAUCCUUGUAAAUGAUGGUGGGAGGCAUCCAUUCUUUUGCCUGAUUGGAUGGGGUCAUGCUGUUCUUGAAGAUAGGGAUCGCCCACCAUUGAAUCUUUUAUUUUCCUCCACAUAUGCUCUACAAGAAGGAAAGCUGUGCGCUUCAUCUGAUGCAGAAAGUCUCAUCUACUUGCUAUACUACUCAUGCGGUGGAGAAUUCCCAGAGAUGGAUUCAGUUGAGUCUGCACUUUACUGGAGAGAACAGUCUCUAUCGAAAAGGGUCAUACAGCAGAAGCUGGGGGAUAUCUCAGCCAUCCUGAAAGCUUUUGCAGAUUAUGUUGAUACGCUAUGUAGAACUCCAUAUCCCCUCAAUCAUGAUAUUUGGUUGAGGAGGUUGCAAAGAACCAUUAAUGAAGAUCAUGGAAAAGAAAUCAACACGUCAAACUAAAUUUUUAUGCCAACCAAUUGGUAGUGGUGACAUUUUCCACUGUGUAAGUGCUACUUGUGACUAGUUUCUUCCUCGAGCGGAUGGAUGGGUGCUACGAGAUGAGCAUUUCCCACCAAAACAAAGCUGCCUCGCCGUCAUUUUUGCAGAUGUUUUAGUUAAUUUGAUUUGCUUCACGUUUGCUUGAAAUGUUUGUGUUCCAAUCCUCACCACCACCGUAAUGCCCUGAUCAAUGUGGUUCCUCAAACAACCUUCUGCAGUGAUUUCAACUGCUUCUCGUGUUUUUUACACUGUCAUUGUGCUUGAAAAGUAAUAUCUUCUGUACAACGAGCAACAAGGAAAUGUGGUGGGUUUAAUUUCUAACAAUUGGUGACACGAUCGUAUUCUCCA